AUGGCGGCCAUCGUCCACUUCAACCCGCAGACACACGUGGGGGGUGGCAGCGUGCACGUGACGGAAACAUGGAUCUUUGCAUCUGAGGACAUGACACAUGACUGCGAUUUCCACCUCCACGGCUUGGCCAGGAUGGCGGACCACUACCUGCGUGGAGAUGGGAGCGAAACAACGGCUGCCGCCCGGAAAGAAGGCAGGACGCCUCGGAUUCACAUCUUUACCGAUGGGUGCGGGAAGCAGUACAAGGGAAGGCGGAAUGUCCGCUUUUUGGCCGACAGCGUCCGGCAAAUUGGCUUCUUCAUCGACCACGACUUCGCGGCCACAUCUCACUUCAACGGUGGUGGGAUCGGCGGAGUCGCAAAGAACGCCAUGAAGAGGAGGGAGAGAUUUGGCAAGCGAAUCAUGGGGGCGGACGGGGUGGUCAGGUUUUUGCGAAGCUUCUUUCGGGAGAAGGCAGGCAGCGAGGGGGAGGAGGGUAUGCGGAGGUACUUCGCGAAGUGGUCUCCGUACCCCAUGCGGAGGGUGCACGUCGAGUUUAUCGGUAAGAAGGAGAUAUAUCGGCCAAACUCGAUCCUGGAAGGCGUAGAGGGUACACGAGAGAUGUACCACUUUGCGGGAGCAAACACUCCCGAGUGGGAUGGGUCCACCUCAACCAAGGGACGCGAAGAUGACUGUAAGCUCGUGCUGAAGAGCGAGGGCCAGGGCCAGUUGUCGAGUCUAGAGACGAGCCGGUUGCGGGAAGUCAAGGUGUUGGGUGCAGUAGCGAGCAGAUAGAAGGGCCAGGGGGCUGGGUUGCAGGAUCCGAUAUCGGGGGAGGAAGACGUGACUUGCAGGAAGGUGAAACGGACCUACAGUCUCAGGACUCGUUUGGCGUCGUGCUUCUGCUCGGCGUGCCGGCGUUCUGAGUAUGAGCAGUGCUACGUUAGCAAACGUACCCCCGUCUCGUUCCCGCAAUGGAGGAUGGCGUGGUGAAGGAAACGGUGAUCAUGGACACUGGAGUAGCGCCCGUAGACGAAGAUGCCUCCGAGGGGAUGAAGUUCCCGCGAUACAAGAAGGAAUGCAAAACGAAGAGAAUAACUGGGACACAGUGGCAGGACGGCGACUCUGUUACUGCAUCAAAGAUUUGGGAAGAGCUUGGAAGGAAGGCAGAGCCCAGUAUUUUUGCCCGUUUCGGGGGGU